CUGAUCUCAAACCCCACCCCUAUUUGAAUUUUGCAGUGACGGACCCUAACACACGCGCACGUACAGAGGCGCAAAAAUGGAAGAGAGCUCCACCGCUUCGGAAUCGAUGAUCAUAGAAACCCUAGGAAGCAAAGGAUGGUGCUUCGGGGAAAUCGAGCUAGUGAAGGCCAUCAUUAUGAUCCACUCCGCUUUGGCAGAUGACCCGUCUAUGGUGGUGGAUUCGGUGGAGUCCGAGCUUCUUAACACGGAUAUUAAAUCCAUCGGCGGCAAGUCCUUACCCGACCCGACCCUUCUCCGCAAUCGCAAGUCCUCCCAUAUUCUCGGUCCCAAAGUCCUUCAGAUAUCUUCAGUGAGAGACAUAACGAAAAGCAGCAUUGAGGGGCUCUCGCAAAGUUCCGGUAGUCGGCGACUCCUAAAACUAGGGCUCACAGAUGGGCACACUGAGAUAACUGCUAUAGAGUAUUUUCAUAUCCCUUCGAUUCCGGAUGACGUCGUUCCUGGAACUAAGGUCCGUUUGGAAGAUAAAGCUGUAAUACGUAAUGGAAUAGUAUGUUUAAAUCAUAAAGUGUUGACCUUAUUAGGAGGACUUGUUCAGCCACUCUAUGAAGAGUGGCAGAUGAACCAAAAAUAUUCAGGUUUUUCCCGCUCGACUUUGAGGUUAUCACAGGAAAGUGAUACAGGAGGUCCUCCCCCAUUUGAGAAGUUGCAAAUUGAGGCACCCUCACAUCGGCUUGUUCCGCGAGGGAGAUCUUUUGAUUAUGCUGGAUCUACUUCCAAGAACGGUGGGCUUAAUGCUCGUGGUGGAAAUGCUAAUAUUAGGCCUACUGUUUGGCACCAAAAUGGUCGGCUUAACGCUCUUGGUGGAAAUACCAAUAUUAGGCCUACUGGAUGGCAGCAAAACCUUGAUAAAGCAGUUGACAUGGAUAAUAAUCCAAAAACAGCUUCCAUUACAGAGAGGACUGAAGAAAAGGCAAGCAGCUCUGACAUGAGACCAAAAGAAGUAGUGGAAUCUGUCCCUAUUCAAAAUCAAGCAGCUGCGCAGAAACUCCUCCAGAAAAUGAGUAACCAAAACCAGGAUGAUAGACAUUCUAGGGGCCGAAAAUAUAGGUGGAAAGGAAAACAAGAAGAGCCAGUUGUUUUCACUCUGACUGAAUGGGAAAUGAAAAAAGCUGGCGCAAAGCCUCUAGUUAAAGAUGGGUUUCCAGAGAUUAGUCGUGAUGAGGAUCUUGCUUUGCAGCUCCAAAACCAAUUUGAUUUGGAAGAUUCUCAUGCACAAAGGGGUCCUCCCAAAGCAGGGGCAGAUGACUUGAGAAUGAGUAUGUUUAAUUAUACAAGAGAAGAUGAGAGGUUUCGUGAUACAGAACAAGGAGGCAGAGGGAGGGGAAGGGGAAGGGGAAGAAGGGGUAGGGGGAGGUGGUGAGGAUGUUUUGUUUUGACUUUUUGACCUUCCUCUCUAUUUUCUACUUCCCCAUAUCAUCUUGCUGUGUAAAGUAAAUUGUGUUAUAAAUGCGUAUUAUCUUGGAGUAAUGCUAUUUAGUAGUUUGCUAUACGACUGUAUAUAACUGAGAUAAUGUGGUAGUGAAAAUCAACUUUUAAUUUUUUAUUUUU